AUGCUUAGAGACACCUUGGUCCUCGGCUUACAAGCACUUGCUGAGUCUGCAGACGUCUUCCCGCCGCUCAAGAGCGCCGUCUGCGGACUUCUCUUCCUCUCAAAGCAAAUCGAGCUCGUGACGAGCAACAAGAGCCAGAUUCAAGCCGUAUACGCACGAAUAGAUGGCUUUGCGGCAUCGCUGACAAGAGCUAUCCCGGAUGCAACCGCGCUUUCACCUGAGGACGAAGCUGCGAUACACGCAUUGGCGAAAGACGUGGAAAAUGUAUGCGCCGAUGUGAGAGCCAUAGCUAGCCAUCCAUCUUCCCUGCGUUUCAUCCGCGCAAGGCAACAUUCGGGAGACAUCUCGGAGCUGAUGGCGAAGUUGGAUCGAGCGAACGAGUCAUUUACGUUUCCAUGGCAGCGUACCAUCAUGACGAGCACGAAGAUGGACUGCACGAAGAUACUUGCUUGCGUGGAACCUAUGCGGGAGGACGGAUACGCUGUCAACGACGUCAGCGGCUUGAUCCCGCUCGGCGCGCUGAAGCAACACUUCAACGUCUCAACCUCCUGUGUCGUCCACGAAGUUGAUCUCAUACCCUCGCCAUGGCGUCACUGA